AUGCCGCCAUCAGAGGGCGCUGACGCGUCUUCAGCUCCCAAAGAGGACGCGAAGCCAUCCCCCUCAUCUCCUCCUUCGCUCGACGCGGUUAGAUUGAGAAAGCAGCCUCCACCAGAGGGUCGCGAGAGCUUAUGGCGACGGCGGUCCGCCAUCUUCUCCUUCUGGGCCGUAGUGCUGUGCUUGGGCCUCCCAGUAUGGUGGAAGACGACGGCGAUAUACCGUGCAGAUCUGCCACUGCAGGACAUGACGGAUUGGGCUGAGGGGAAGAUAUGCAAGCCAGUCUUCCCUCUCCGCAUUGCCGUCGAAGCGCCAUUGCCGCCGCAAGAUGCGCACCACCUUCUCCGGACGACGCAGCAUGCUCUCGAUGACCUGAAUGAGUUCUCCGCGCACCACCUCCGCCUCAUGCUCGCCGACCCGCCGGCACCAGCGAAUGCCUCCCAGCAAGUCGUAGUCGAUGGGACGAGGAAUACUAGCGACGAUGAGGAUAUCGCCCUGUCUAUCAGAUUAAUACCUGUAGAGACUGGCGCGACGCCUCGUUCACACCUGCAGCCGUACUCGCCGACCUUGGAUGUAUACUACACGCCGAACCAGAUCCCGCCGCCCUCCUCGACCGGCUCCCCCCUCGCGACCUUCAUUGCGCACGAGCUACACAAGAUAUUUGCAGAGGAGCAGGCGCAACUGGCCUAUCUUUUGUCUACCGCCUCUGGUGGUCAUUCAUCUAAGAUGAAGUCGCUGUCCCCGGAAACCUCAGCGGAGCUCCAGCGUCAAUCCACGAGGGCGCUGAAGUAUGCGCCAACCUACCAUUUAACCUUUUCGCUGUUCACCCCGACCUCUACGCCCUCUGCUUGGGACAUUGAGUCGGCUCUCAGACAAUACGUAGCACCCUUGCUGGAUUCGUUCUCCGCCAUCAGCAACUUCACCGUUGAUACCCAAGUGCAGCUCUAUGCGACCUUCUCUCCGUCCAUUCGCCAACCUGAAUAUGACGAGGCCCUAAAGGCGUGGACCCUCCGUAAAGAGGAUCUGAGCGGCUUCAUCAACGCCGCCGAAUGGCCGCUCAGCCCCAGUAUCGGCAAAGGACCAACAGUCAACUUCGUCCUCUACGUUCCGGAUAAAACGCAGUCACCGCUUCUGGUGAAGGAAAGCGGAGCAAACAGCUGGCUCAUUCCUCAAUGGGGUGGUGUUGCCAUCCUCAAUCCCACCGCGCCGGGCAAGGAUGCUAUCGUAUCUGCGAGCUUGACCAAGGAGGCUCUUGGCCCGGCCAUGCAUACCUUCUCAAACCAGCUUAUAUCGCUUCUCGGCUUGCCUCAGAUGCCAUCUUCCCUCCCCCUUCGCAUCUCGACCCUUGCGCGAGUGCGCGCAGCAUCUCUCAUUUUCUCAGCAUCUUCGACUUUAGGCGCCCUCGCUCAAGUCUACCAGAAGUUGCCGUCGAUCCCCGUUCCUGAUUCUGUGGCCAAAUCCGUUGACCUGGCUCUCGCUCACCUUCAAUUAGCCUGCGACCGACUCCGCGAGGGGCGCUUCCAGGGCGCCUUGGAACUCGCGAGAAUCGCAGAAGGCGAAGCAGAAAAAGCAUUCUUCGAGAGGUCCAUGGUUGGCCAAGUCUACUUUCCCGACGAGCACAAGGUUGCUGUAUACCUACCGCUACUUGGGCCGGUAGCUGUCCCUCUUGUGAUGGCAGCAUUGAAAGAAUUGAAAAGCGGACUCUCAGCUCUAAGAGGACGAUGA